AUGUGGUACACUUGCACUUUUCCUCAGAACGACACUGUCAACAGCGCGUGUUGUCCUGCCGGCAACGUCACCGACGCUCUCCAGCAGGGAACAAGCGCUUGUUCACUCGGUUUCGGAAACGCAACGCAGUUCAACGAAUGCCUGUUGGACACUAACGUCACGGACGUCCGAUGUUACCUGCAAGACUGGUCAAAUAAACCCUCGGACUCUGCCACCAUUCGAGCCACUUCCAAGCCUCUGGGCUGGGCGACUGUCACCUGCAUCUGGCUCCUGUUUCUUAACGGUGUGUUCGGGCAGGUUCAGCCGGCGAAGGACCCAGUGUGCACGAAGUUCAUCCCGGAUGACCAAAGCUCCUGGAACCUCACCGCGGAGACACAGCAUGUCAUAACAUCCAUAGCAAUCGGGUGCGGUGCCGGACUGAAAGGGUGCAUGCUGAGUAUGGAUGGCAAAAACUUCUACUUCGAGUCGGUAUGGUCUGCCGAUGGACCAGAAGGACCCGUGCCCGUUACCGGUGAUUUCGACGACCUGUCUCUACCGACGGAUCGCGCCUUCGCGGACAAGGUGUAUAUUCCUUAUAUGCCGGACAAGCUCCCCGUCGCCGGGGGUCACUUUGGCCUCACCGCGGCCAAAACCAAUGCGGCCAUCAUCCCCGGUGUCUUCCGCGACUGCAAGAACGGCACAUCUGAAGUCCGCGGCAACGUCACCGUUCCCGAAGCCAGAGGAUUAUACUACUUCACGACCUGGCAGAAGGCCGCUCCACCUACUGGGCCGGACCAGCAACAGAACGAGACCAUGCCCAUUUGGCAGUAUCAGGAUGGUGGCAGCAAGUGA